AUGAUAUCCUCCAGACGGGCAAAAAGAACGGAGAACGGGGACUUACUGCGCCGCCGUAAAGUUGCGGCUCAUUGCGGAGCCACACCCUCCGAUCCAAUUUCGGCCCCGCCCACCUGCGAUAACAAAAUGGCGAGCGGCGGGACCAAUCCUCGUGAACUACAGGAGAACUUGUCGAACUCCGAGGCUCAACUUCACCAAGUUGAGGCCGCCUUGACCAAUGACCCAAAUAACGCUGAACUCCUCAAGCUAAAGGAAGAUCUCACCGAAGUAAUCCAGCUUUCAAGAGAGCUACUGCAACUGGUUCCAGAGGCGACACCAAAGUCACCAGCAACUCUUGUGUACAACUGGAAACCUGGGGACUCUUGCUCUGCAGUCUGGAGUGAGAGUGGGAGAUACUACAAUGCAGUCAUUGACAUGAUAUCAGAAGACAAAGGGACCUGUUCUGUCACCUUUGAAGGAUAUGGCACCACAGAAAUUGUGAAACUGUCGGAACUGAAACCAGAGAAUACAACAGAAGACACUGCAGGCAAGAGGAAGGGAGCUCAGCAACUGAUGAAAUCUAAAGCCAAUAAGCAGAAAAGAGAAGAGCUAAAAGAGUACAGGAAAAAGAAGACACAGAAAAAGUUGCAGAAACAACAGGAGGUGGAGGAACUUAGAGAAAAGGAGAAAGAUCGAUGGAAGAGCUUCACGCAGAAGAGCUCCAAGCAGAAAGGACCUAUAAACAGCCGCCAGAAGAAAAGCAUCUUUGCUGUUCCAGAUUCUCUUAGUGGCCGGGGCUGGCACUGGAAGGAAGGGGACACUCAGAAGGAGGACAUUGCUCAUAUAAUUGCCAUUCACAACAAGAACAAUGAGGAGGCGUGGCAGGAGGUACUCAAGUGGGAGCUGAUGCAUGCUCAGGAGUGUGUCUGUGGACCAAAGUUGGUGAGCUUCAGAGGUCGAGCAAAGGACUUCACUCCAAGAGCCAAGAUACGGUCUUGGUUAGGAUAUGAGCUGCCAUUCGACCGACAUGACUGGGUGGUGGACAGGUGUGGGCGACAGGUACGCUACGUCAUUGACUACUACGGCUGUGAGCCUGCUGAGGACAAUGACGUUCCUAUCUACUUGGACGUCAGACCUGCUCUAGACUCAUUCCAAGCCUUCUGGGACCGUGUGCGCGUGGCAUGGAGACGAUGGACUAGUGCAUAG